AUGUCAGCCCCCAUUGAUCUCACCUUAUCACCCGAAGUCGUCGAUCUAAGCCAAUGGAUUGGCGUUGGCAAGCUCUAUAAGAACAUCCCGGACACUAUAUCUCAAGAGCUCAAGGCUAGGACGUCACUGUCUGACGUAUCUCGAGCUAUGCUUCCCUCCCACAAUUCCACUAUUGCUGAACUUCUUGCUACCCAGUUACCACCUCUAACAACGACUCUCUUCUUUCCUAACCCACAGGAUUCAUUCUCGGACGUCCCCCCAAACACACCACUAUCAUAUUUGCUCUCUACCGAUCGUGCACUCCCCCCUCGAGAGUUUCUGACGCAUCUACGAGCGGCUGCGGGUCAGGCAAUGCUCGACGGAUGUAUCUCAAUUAAAUAUUGGGGUGCACCCAACGUUUACCUUCCAUUCGAAGUCUGCGGAUUUUGGUACGAGCUAAUCACCACGGUAGAAGCUAAAUCAGGCUGGAACUCGGCGCUGAGAUGGGCAAACAAAGCCCUCCUUCCAAACAGAGCCUCUUGCCAUGCUCGCAUCACCGCAAUAACUCGAUCCAUCUCAUGGAGCGGUUUAAUCUCUAAACUUGGAUGUUCUGCUCAUGUUUCGCAUAUGGCGGAGCUUCUCUCGACCUCUUGGCUCUCCUCGUCUCAUAUCGAUGCCAUGCUACUGCGUCUUCGUGCUAGAUACCACGACGAAGUAGGCUUCAAGUCUGAGAAACAAAUCACAUUGAUUCCGACUUUGAUAUUCACUAGUCGCCUUCAUUCGCUUGGAUUAGAGCCUGGCCCCGUCGACCAGCUUCUGUGCAGCUCGGCACUCUCAGAUAUUGGGAAUUUCAUCGCGACUUCUCAGCAGGACCUGCUCAUCGCUACAGUCGCGUACUGGCCCGAACACCAUUGGGGAUUCCUGAUGAUUACUAUCUCAGGUGGUCGUGUACAAGCAAGAUGGGGUGAUGGUAUGAAGAAAAAGGUUCCCCGGGCGCUGGAGAAAGGGAUUAGAUUGUGGAGCAAACAUUACAUGCCGCAGCGUUUUGUCAGUGUCGACAGUCACUUCCCCUGCGCAUCGCAGCAUGAUUCCUACUCUUGUGGGAUUGUCGCCGUGAAUGCGCUCAAGCACGAAAUCUUUGGCGACCCUUAUUGGACAAAGAAGACGAGAGAGCAGUGUCGUGUCGACAAAUUCUUGUCGUGCAUGGAGUUCUGCAUGGACAUAAAUACUGUCGAUGCGCCGUUAAUUCCACCGUUGUCACUCCUACCAGUAACUGGACAAUCAGCGACCACCCCUGUUUCUCCCCCGCACCCUGUAUCGACCCCUGUUAGCCCCCCUCGCCCUCCCACUAAACGUCGCAAUAGCAAUUCAAUUAUGCUAUCCGCCCCUGUUAGCCCUUCUCGUAUCACAGUUAAACGUCCUCGUCGAGGCAGCCAAUUGAACCUGAAUGUGAUCGUGGUACCAAACCUCGCUAGGCGUGAUCCCUUGCCUGAAGACGAUACCUCUAUCGUUCCGAUGGACGAUCAGCCCGACGCAGCACCACUGAAGGAAAUAAAGAUCCGUAAAUCGAAGUCUAUGGUGUCGAAGGAGCAGAACAAUAAGCUGGCAGCGAGUGGCUUGCUUGUCAAAAGCACUCAACGCUGGAACAACUAUCUGGAUGCACACGUUGAGGUCUAUGACGAGAGCCCGGAACAUAUUCGCCUGGCACGCUGCUCGUCGUGCGCAAAGAUCGUCAAGCAAUCGGAGCCAUAUAAUACGUAUCAAUUCAAACAACAUCUUUCCAGGUGUAAGGCGAAGGGCAGCCGCCUUCACAUCCAAUCCAUCAAUGGCUUCUUCAAGUUCAACCUUGACCGCUCAGCAUCCGUGCCAAAAGUGGACAACUUCGUUGAGCGGCCUUGUCCUGGGCUUACCGAGGCAAACGACAGUCGUAUUCCCAUCUACACCUCUCGUACUGAGGUUCGGUACGCUGGAGGGACAAGUCGACCGUUAUUAGCAUCCCAACACUUUGGCAAGACGGUCCCAUCCCUAUCUAAACAAGAGAAAGACGAGCUAGACCUCCACUAUCGUUCCAGCUGCGAGUGGGAACUGGAUCACGACGAAGCACGAGUAUUCUCUUGCAAAUGCCUCAAGCUGGUACAAUGCAAGAGCGACACUAAUGAACUACAAGCCUGUGCAGAAUGCCUGCGCAUUCUCAAACUGCAUAAGCUCCUGGUGGCGAUCACAAAGCCAGUGACACCCGACGAUACGAGGAAAUAUAUACCAUUUCGCUACCAAAGCAUCGUAACAGGGAAGAUGUACGCUAAGAAUAAGGGACUGGGCAGGUUUGUUAAAGACACUAUACGCAAAAAAGGCGACGUUCUCCUCAACUUCACCGUGGCACUGGCCUCAGGAGUGUUUGAUGGUAACCCUUCAUUCAUCGAACUCCUCAAAGUGAUGUUUGCGCGCCAUGAACGUCAGGCCAGAGGCCAUGGAUUACAAAAUAUGCGGUACGCGGCAGACUUCGAUCAAUUCUGCCAUGAACUCCAAUGCAUCCGCCCAGAGGCGUAUCGACUCUUCUCAUCGACAUUUGGUGGUCGAACGGAGCAGAGCAUGCUCAAAAUUCGCUCAUCCCAUCCGAAACUGACACUUGGCAUUAGCACAGCUACGCUCGACCGUGUGACGAAGUAUCUCGAGGAUUACAAGUACCCAUCUACUGCCCCACUUGCUUGCGGGGUCGACGACACUAAGCUCCACCCCUCCCUACGCCCAUACUACAACAGUUCAAGCAAGACUUGGUUCCUCCUUGGUGCAACAGGAGAGCCAAUAGUAGUCGCUGAUAUCGAGCAGCUGAACGAACUCAUUAAACAUGUGUCAGGCUCUCUGGCCAAAAAGGUCCGCUUAUGGUCUCUCUGGAUCCCUCUCCCCGACAUUCCACCUCUUAUUAUGGCAAUAAUGGCAAUAUCGGAGAGCAACACGGCCAAUUAUCUCGCAGAGAUAGAAAAGCGGCUUCUCAAGCUGCUUCUCAUCGACACCUCUCCUCCUGUCAACAUUAUCUCUCUUGGAUCAGAUGGUAUGAUCGUCGAGCGCAAGGCUCGUAGAAUUCUAGUUCAAUCGGGCUUUGCUGCAGUUGAGUAUGCUCACAUCUCGCACCCAAAUCCAGCAGAGCAGAGGCCCUUGAAGAUCGAACUCCUUUGCAUCGGGACACGUCGCCUUGCCAUCAUCCAAGACUCAAAGCACUUCAGAAAGACCUGUCGCAAUAAUCUAUUUACUGGCGCCAAGCAGAUGGUACUAGGAAGGGAGCUAAUCUACUACGAGCAGCUAGACCGCCAGGACGAUCGUGCGGCAGCUAGACUCUUCUCAGCGGCAAGUAUCCAGCACGCCAUUGAAUGCGGCCAUUCUGGUCUGGCAAUCUUUCUAUUUAUUUUCGGAGAAGCCUGUGAUGCAUACCAAAGCCGAACAAUAUCCCACACGCAGCGCAUCCACAUGGUUCUCCUCGCCUUCUUCUUCAAGUUGAUUUGGAAACAGUUUCUUACAGAGAACAGAUACCCCAUUUCUCGCCACUUUCUCUCGCAAGAUGCCGACAAUAUCCUCGAUAUUCUGGUAAACGGACUCCUUGCUUUAAUCAUCAUCCACCGCGAUCACCUCGAUCCAUUCCCAUUACUGCCUUGGACGCAUGGUACUGAGGUAAAUGAACAUAUAUUCGGCCUUCUUCGCAGCACAUUACCAGAGUUCACAAUCGUCGAUGCCCUCCAAAUGAUUCCUAAACUCGACGUACGCCUACUAGCGGCCUGCAGGCGCAAGAUCGACGCAGCAAGUCUUCAACGAGGCGGCGCUGGGUAUGCUCACACCCAUUUCGAUAGCAGUGGAGCUGCUCUAGACACCCUUUCGUACUUUCCACCACAAGAAGUCAUCGAACAAGUGGCUCAUCUGGCAUGGACGGAAGCCAACGCGAUCUGGGAAGUAUUAGGCUAUUUCACAAGCUCGUCAAUGACACCGUCUGCCUCACAUGUCCCUGUUGCCACCGCCAAUCUUGAUCUCGAUGUAGACGUAGACGAUCUGGACGAACUGGAUCCACAGGAGGAGUCAGCGAUGGAUGUACCAUCUGAUCGCGAACUCCUAGAUGAAGCGUUACACAUCGCCUCCUUCGCGACCUUGCCACCGUCAGAACGUCCAGACCUACCUGGGGGUGCCAUUGAGAUUAUCAACGAGUGCGGACUAGCUGCAGCGGCACUCAACAUGCGAGAUAUUGGAUAUCUUGAUCGCCUUCCAGAUGACGAUCCAGAGGCACUGGAAGUAAUCCAAGCUGCACUGAAGCCCAUCCUAGAAGCGAUCUCAGCUCUAGGUCCCGUAGGUGAGGCCGCCGUCAAGAAACUUAUAGAUGAAGCGGCAGCUCCUCCAUCUGCACACACGAUCAUCGAAGAAGAAGACUCAAGUUCAAUUCUUUCCCGCAUAUCGCAGUACGACAUCAGCAUACUUGUGGACGAACGACGAGUGCAUCAAAGCAAGGAGACAAGCGAUGCAUGCCGGCCGCUGAAGCAAUCCCCUACCCCUGCCAAAGGAGGUCCUAAACCACACAUUCCCACCCAAAUUCCAUUCAUCGUCGAACAGUCCCCUCGCCAAUUGCUCACAAGGAAGAUACACGAAGUCCUGAGGCUCUCUGGUGUCAAUAUCAAAGGAGAAACAUCCGGACUGGCACGACAAGUACAAUGGACGAAACAAGUGAAUGUGAUGUCAUUGGCGGACAAGGAGACAUCUGGGAACUCAGCAAACGCCAAGAGGGCAGCGACCUCCCGUGCUAAUGCUGCAAUAAAAUCCCGCCAGGCGAUCUUCGCAGCACUGCCACAUGCGGAGUCACUAGCAACCGCGAAUAUCAACUCGCUGUUUGAGCUUGUAAACGGUGUCUACUCAAUUGCACUCUACGAGAAGAAGCUGAUGAUUGGGCGGGUUAUUACAUUCUAUGAACAGGGGGGGGAAAAGGCUAGUAAACACUCUUGGGUGUCGAACGCCGCAUCAGUCGGCACGAUUUCGUGGAUUUCGAUGCAGCUUUGGACGCCCCUUUCCUCCCCAAACUCAUUCAAAUCUUUGACUCAAGCUGGCCUUCCAAAGUACGGACUUGUGCACUCGAAGGCGUUUCUAUAUGCACUCAUGGCGAAGACAAUCACUUUACGGGAGGAUAGCUCGAUAAAACUCGACGUUACAAUCUUCAACUCGGUAUUUCGGCCCCUGAAUAUGCGGGAGGGGCUCGUCUCACAGGCUGUAAAGACUCUGAUGGGGAGAAAGCAUACAGAGGAGCUAGAUAAUAGCGAGAACUAG